AUGUUUCCUGAAAAGAGAGAUCUCUCGUAUUUCCUCCCCUUCGGCCCCGCACCGAGCCUGAGCACGCUACCGUCGGACGCGGGAUUCGGCGGGAGCCGCGAAGCCGGCGUUACAACCGGCGUUGCCGCCGGUGGUGUUGCCGGCGCAGGCACGAGCUACGGCUUCAGCGGUGCCGGCCCGGCGGGGUUUAACACGGAUGCGGCGAACACAGCGGCGUCGCGGCUGUACGCGACGGGAGUGGCGAGUGGCGAGACGUUAGCCGACGCGAUAAUCGACAUUCGCAGGGAGCUGAGUCUCAGCGAUGGUAACCCUCGGCUCGCGAAAGGCCUCGCUGAAUUCUUCGACGAGAUUCUCUCCGAGGAGGAAUCUCAGGAGUUUUUCUUCUUCACGCUGCCCGGAAUGGCCUCGCUCGCUCUCCGUCUCCCGAGCCUCGUCUCCCAGCAGGCUCGGAGCCUGCUGAGGCCGCAGCAGCCGGGGCUUGUGCUUAUAACGCAGGAGCUUGCUGCGGCGCUAUUGGUGGGCGCGUUCUUCUGCGUGUAUCCCACGGCCGGGCGCGCGCAGGAGAGACUACCAGAGAUCAACUUCGACCGCCUCUAUGGCGGCAUAUACGAGGGCUCGCCGCAACAACAAGAGAAGCUGCGCUGCCUGCUGCACUACUUCCGCCGAGUCGUCUCCUCCAUGCCUCAGGGCGCCGUCUCCUACGAGCGCAAGGUGCUGCCGCUCACUGCUGUCACACCCGCCACUGUCACACCCGCUGCUGCCGCCCCGCCGACCCUCCACCCGUUCAACACCCCCGGUACUGACACACCAGGCCACCUAAAGCAACAGCAGCAGCAGCAGCAGCAGGAUGUAUUGGGUUGGGGUGGGGAGGCAGGGGAGGGUGGAGGGCGGGGAAGUGGGACCAUGAGACAAGGCGGAGGUAGUUCGCCGCCCGGAAGCGGUGGGAGUGGUGGGCAGGGUGGGCGGCACGGUAGCGGUAAUGGCGGCAGUAAGGGCAGUGGUCCGACAACUGGCUCGGAUCCGAGCCUGGGAGGGUCGUGGGGGAAGGGCGGGGAAGGAGGGGGGUUGCGGAGUGGAGGGAGCACCAGGAGCUUCGGGGGGAGCUGGGGGACGCUUCCCCCUCCCCCUGGCGCGGACUUCUGGGGGACAAGGCGGAUUCCGCUCUGCGCCCUGGUGGUGCCCAUGCACCACCAGGUGCACGAGCGCGGCACAAUAGAGGACGACGGCACGGGCUGUGUGCAGGUGGACUUCGCCAAUGCCUUUGUGGGCGGCGGCACGCUCGGCUCGGGGUGCGCGCAGGAGGAGAUUCGUUUCGUCAUCUGCCCGGAGCUCAUCGUGGGAAUGCUUUUCCUGCCCGCCAUGGAGAACAACGAGACGAUUGAGAUCGUGGGGCCCGAGCGGUUCACUAGAUACACUGGGUGA